AUGAGAGUUGAUGAAGAAGAGACGGAUUUUGCCGAGUUUCUUUUAAGGAUUGGAGACGGUGAACUGCCAUUGAAUGAUAUGGGUGAAAUAGCAUUGCCACAAGAUGUCAUCUCAAAAACAAACAUUAUUGACGAAGUUUAUGGGGAAUGUUUGGCAGAUAAAAGUUACGAACAAAUGAAAGACAGGGCAAUUCUGGCUCCCUUAAACAAAGAUGUCAAUUUAAUCAAUUGUGAGCUUAUAGACAGAUUACCUGGAGAGGAAAAAGUCUAUUUUAGCUUUGAUUCAAUCAAGGAUAUGUCAGAAGGUACACUUCAAUUUACCACAGAAUUUUUAAAUUCCAUAGACAUCGCUGAUUUGCCUCCACACAAACUAAAACUAAAAAAAAACACAAUUAUCAUGCUACUUAGGAACUUAGAUGUUUCAGAAGGACUCUGUAAUGGGACGAGGCUCAUUGUCACUGAACUGUGUAACAACAUAAUUAUUGCUAAGAUUCUAACUGGCGAACAUUUUGGAAAGGCUGUUCACAUUCCCAGAAUCACUCUAGAUUCCAGUAAGGGGAAACUUGGAUGCACAAUGCAGCGCCAUCAAUUUCCUGUGACCCCUGCUUUCGCCAUGACAGUCCACAAAUCACAAGGUCAAACAUUCCAGUUCGUUGGAGUUGAUCUCAGGGUCCCAGUCUUUAUGCAUGCCUGUUUGUACCGGAGAAUUGAUGUACUGGAUAGCAAGUGGUAG